AUGGCCCCUCCAAUCACGCACAUCGUCCUCUUCCGAUACAAGCCCGACAUCUCCUGGGCGCAGCUAGAGGAGCACUUCGCAACGUUCGCAGCGCUGCGCACGCGGUGCACGCACCCCUCCACAGGGCAGCCAUACAUGCUCUCGCUGCGCAUGGGCAAAAACAUGUCGUGGGAGCCGUUCGCAAAAGGCAUGACGCACGGGUUCGUGCUCGAGUUCGCCUCGCAAGAACACCUCGACUACUACCUGCUCGAAGACCCGGUGCACCGCGCCUUCUCGGCCGGCGCCGCGCAGCUGCUCGAAGAUAGCCUCGUCGUCGACGUCCAUGACGGG